AUGAUUUUUAGUAGAUUAUUUAAUAAUAUAUCAAGACAUCACAGAGAACAAAUUAUUCAAUUAAAAUUAAAAAGGGGUGGAUUCCGAUUAGCAAGAAGCAAUUUUAAUAAUUAUAAAUGUGGAAAUAUGAAGGAGCAAAAUAAUGUAGUUACGGAAAAUGGUACACCAUUAUACAAAAGUUACAAAGGUCAUGAUUUAAAAAUAGAAUAUGAAAAUGAUUUUUUCUUAGUUGUAAAUAAACCAUAUGAUAUUAAAUUAGAGAAAGGGAAACUUGAUGAUAUUUAUCCGUCUGUAGAAACAUUGCUUCGAAAAAAAAGAAAUUUAAAUACAUUCAGAAUGUGUGGGCAAUUGGAUUAUGCUACAAGUGGACUUUUAAUUAUAGCUAAAGAUAAAUUAAGUUCAAAUAUUUUAAAUUACAAUAUCGAAAGUAAAAAUAUAAGUAAGAUAUAUCUAGCUAUAUUAUAUGGGCAUUUACCCCUUGAUAUUUUACAUAUAAAUGUGCCAAUAAGUAAAGUUAAAAAUGAAUUUAAGAUGAAAUUAUGUUAUAAUUAUAAUGAUUAUUAUGAUACUGGAAAAUAUUGUUAUAGUUUAAUUUACCCAUAUAAGCAUACAUAUUUAGAAAAUGAAAAAGUGACUUUAUGUGAGCUUCGAACAAUCACAGGAAGAAGACAUCAAUUACGAUUACAUUCAAUAUGCUUAGGUAGUGGAAUAGUUGGGGAUGAAACAUAUUUUGAAGAUAUGAUUGAAAAUAAAUAUAAAAUUAAUUAUAUUAACAGUUCAGGUAAAAACAUUACUAAUAAUGAUGACAGUACAGGUUGUGUAAAUAAUAAAAAUGAUGAAACCAAUAUUGAAGGUAUUAAUAAUGAAAAAUUUAAUGUGGAAAAAUAUGUAAAAAAAAGAAUUGAUGCAGAAAGGAUGAUGUUACAUUGCUGGAUCAUAAUAAAAAACGAAAAUAUAAAAGUAGAAAAUAAAUUAAAUAAAAGUGAAAAUAUAAAUAAUUUAGAACAAAAAAUAUUUGAUAAAGAUUAUAUAAUAUGUGAUGAUGUAUUAAGUGAAUUUGUAAAUGAAAAACCACGAACUUUUGAUGAGUGUUUUUUAAAAAAUAAUGAUUUAAUUAAUCAAGGUUUUAUUAAUUAUAAUGUUAAAAAUAUUAAUAAAAAUAUUCAAAAAGUGAAUAGGAAAUUAAGAAAAGAAAAAUACGCAUAUGAUGCUUUGCUACAUAACUCUUUAAUCCUUGAAAAUUCAAGACAGGAAAAAUUCGAAAGCUUUGUUAAAGAGGGUAAAAAUUUUCAAGCAAAUCAAAUCGAUAUGCAAUGUGGAAAAUUAGAAAAUUUUGAAAAAUUUGAAAAAAAAAAUAAUGAAGACAAUUCCAUGGAUUUAAAACCUGAGAAUAUCGAGCAAGUUGAUGUAACAGAUACAUUUAUAAAUAACAAAAUUAUCGAUAAGAAUAAUAUUUAUUCGGUUAAAAAUGAUAAAUACCAAAACCCAAAUGAUUUGUUUGAUGACAUUCAUGAUAGUGUCAAUAAGUUUAAUUGGGGGUGA